GGGGGGGGCAUGAGUUUAAUUUUGCGUAAACUGCAGAGGUGCCAGAGGGAGUGAGUUUGGGCACUAUGCGCCGCUGGGAUCCGAUUUGCACCAGGAAGGCUUAUGGAAUAUUAUAGGCCGGUUUUCCACAGUCUGCAUGCAUUCUGCUCCAGCACCGUGAAGAAGAAACUUCUCCUGCUCAGCAUCAUGUUCAUAGUCUGGGUUUACAUGCUCUACUCCUGCGUGGGCUCCUGCUCCACGGUGCCCGGUCAGGUGAUGUUGGACACCCCCUCGGCCAGAGAGAGCGCUCCAGCGGCGGGCAGGAGGUCGGACCUGGUGUCCAGACUGCUGGCCAAGCCGCAGCCCUGGGAGGACGUGGAGAGCGACUACGAGGGGCCGCCCACCAGGACGGCGGCGUUCAGAGACCUGCUGGACGCGGACCGGGGUUUGGAUCCAAGCGGCAUGUCCAGCUUCUCCAACGGCUCCGGGAGCAAGAAGCUCCCCCAGGCGAUCAUCAUCGGGGUGAAGAAAGGAGGGACCCGGGCUCUGCUGGAGUUUCUGCGGGUUCAUCCGGACAUCAGGGCGGUGGGAGCGGAGCCGCACUUCUUUGACCGCAACUAUGACAACGGCCUGGAGUGGUACAGGGAUCUGAUGCCGAAAACCCUGGAGGGCCAGAUCACCAUGGAGAAAACUCCCAGCUACUUUGUGACCAGAGAGGCACCGGCGAGGAUAUCCGCCAUGUCCAGGGACACCAAACUGAUCGUGGUAGUGAGGGACCCUGUCACCAGAGCCAUCUCAGACUACACGCAGACUCUGUCUAAGAAGCCCGAUAUUCCCUCCUUUGAGAGUCUGACCUUCAAAAACAGGACUACGGGGCUCAUUGACACCUCGUGGAGCGCCAUCCAGAUCGGCAUCUACGCCAAGCACCUGGAUAACUGGCUGCAGUACUUCCCCAUGGACCAGAUCCUCUUUGUUAGCGGCGAGCGUCUGAUCACCGACCCGGCCGGAGAGCUGGGCCGCGUGCAGGACUUCUUGGGCCUCAAGAGGAUCAUCACAGACAAACACUUUUACUUCAACCAGACCAAGGGAUUCCCGUGUCUCAAGAAGGCAGAGGGUAGCAGCAAGCCUCACUGCCUGGGAAAAACCAAAGGGAGAACCCAUCCGAACAUUGAUCCCGAGGUGGUGCAGAGGCUACGGGACUUCUACAGACCCUUCAACAUGAAGUUCUACCAGAUGACCGGACAUAACUUUGGUUGGGAUUAAAGCCCAAGUCGAGACAGACAUCCUUUUUUUUUUUUUUUCCUAGUUUUUAUUUUUUUUCUAUGUAAUUCAUUGGUAAAAGUGGAGAUAUGGCUAUAUAUAUGUGUAAACUGUACAGAGAUCUAUUUUAUAAUAAUUUAUUUUUAUUUCUAAGCAAUUAAUUCACUAAGCUGCCUAACCAGAUUUGUACAUAACAUCCUUCCCAUAUUUUGUUUUUAACAUUCCUCAUCUUAUUUUGGUUUUCUCUGGCUUCACACCUGUAGUCCUGUAAAUUCCCGGCGCUGCACAAAA